GAAGUCUAACUGCUCAAAGUACGUCAGCAAUAUGGCGCACAGACACAGCACUGCUUCAUGUUAAAACACACACAGAUGAGGCAGAAGGAGGAAGUGUUGCUGCCUUUCUUCCUUCCUUUCUGUCAUGUCCUGAUCUGUGUGGUGUGCCUUGUUGCUGUAAGAAGCUCGAGUAAUAGAAGAAACAGAGAAAAGAGACAGUGAGGAACGAUGAUUGCAGUCCUUGUGUUUUUGAUGCUGGAGCUUCAGUUUACCGGAACACAGGGUGCAGUGAGUUUUUGGCCCUUAGCUGUCAGAGAUGGAGAUGAAGUCACUUUGCCUUGUUCAAAUAAAUGUAACAGGACCACCUGGAGCUUCACUGGUUCAAUUGUGCUGUUUCAGCAUGAGCAGAAAAAAGCCACCUCAGACAGAGUGAGUCUGAAUGCAAACUGUUCUCUGGUUAUACACAAAGUCACGGCUGAGGAUGCUGGUCAUUACGCCUGCAGAGAAGAUUCCACAGACAGAUAUCCAGGUCACGUUCUUGAGAUUACUCUGUCUGUUGCUGUCAUGACUGAAGAGAAGUAUGGAGAUAGUGUGAUGUUACACUGCUCUGUGUCAACUCCUGUAAACUGUGAUCAAGUCACAGUGACAUGGUUCCACAGGAGCAUAGACAUCUUCAAAGAUCCAUUUAUAGAAACAUCACAGUUUGGGUGCUCUGCUAUUGUGACCAUUCUGAAUUUUACCUACAGCAACAUAUCAAGUUAUGACUUCAUGUGUUAUGUUGUAACAUAUCAAGGCAGAGGGGAGCUUUUUACCUUCAGCCCUCAUUUAUCAGAUGAAAAAACAAAUACAUCAUCUGAAAACAACACAAACACAGUGAGUGAACAGCAGAAUGGAGGCAGUGUGACUUUAAGCAGCUCUGUGUCGCCUCCUGAUGAGUGUGAACAAGAGAAAAUGAAGUGGAUUCAUAAAAGCACAGCCUGGUGGAGGUUCAUCAUUGUGGCUGUGGUUUUGGCAGCACUCAUAACAGUUGUUGUGAUCGUCACCAUCUGGACCAAAGACAGGGAAAAGACACAAAGAGAUGAAAACAUGGUGUUUAAUGAGGAAGAUGGUGGAGCAGUGAAGAAUGAAAGUGUCCAGUCUACUGAUGAAGUCUGAUCAACAGUCAGUGAUAAGAACGUGAACAUCAGCGUGCUGUAUAUCUGCAUAAGUAAUUAACCUGCUGUCCCUCAAAGUAUUGUUACAAAAUGUAAUGGUUAUUACACAAAACCAUCCACACACUUAAAAUAGGUUUGGAUAUGUAAUAAAAGGCCUUUAUUUAGUGGGCUAGAGGCAUUCAUCAGUGUCUUUUUAAGUCUUCACAUCCAUAGCUCCUGAAACCCUU